GGAAAGGCCAAUGGCCUUACGCUCAGUAGGCUUUAGGACAGCAGCAGCGCGCCUCACCAAGGAGGGCUUGCAUCCUCGGGUGGUGGGCUUUGGAGGCAGGGCGGUGAGGGCCAUGGCCAGCGCGGAGGAGGUUGCAGCCAAAGCGGCUGCCCCUCUGGCGGAUAAAGACCCACCGACGAUUUUCGAUAAGAUCAUUUCGAAGGAGAUUCCAGCGAAGAUUAUCUAUGAGGAUGAUGAGGCGCUCGCGUUCAGGGACAUCAGCCCGCAGGCGCCGGUGCACUUCCUGGUGAUUCCGAAGAAGAAGUCGGGCCUUACUCGCCUUAGCAAGGCCACCGAGGAGCACAAGGCGCUGCUGGGGCACUUGAUGUUCGUAGCUCAGAAGGUUGCCAUGGACGAGAACCUUGGCGAGGGUUUCCGCGUUGUCGUCAACGACGGUCCGAACGGAUGCCAGUCAGUCUACCACCUGCACCUGCAUGUGUUGGGUGGGCGCCAGCUGGCAUGGCCCCCGGGCUAAAGCACUCCGCUGUACGGCACCAGCACACGGAAUCUGCUGUUUCCCGCAAACGGCGCGCGUCAUAUGCUCUGGUUCCGUUGGGGUUCACGUGUAACAUUUUGUUGUGGAAUUCACUGUUGGGAGUCCAACCGAGCCACACAAGGCUGUUCUGCUAUAAAAUUUGCCCACCAAGAGAGGGCCAGCAUGUUAGGGUAGUUCAGUGUAAUGCACGUGCCAAUAUGGUAUCCGACUGAAGGGUAGUUGAAACAAAAUGUAUUUA